CGUGCUGUAAAAGCCAGCGUGUUUCGUUGCUGUGUGCUGCUCUCCUUGUCUGCAGUGUAAAUGUUUCGGACAACGAAUACAAACUACUAAUUUUCACCAUGAAAACAAGAUUCAAUACCGUGGAUAUCAGAGCGGUUAUUGCUGAGAUAAAUGCUAAUUACCUUGGUAUGCGCGUAAACAACGUGUAUGACAUCGACACCAAGACCUAUCUCAUCCGGUUGCAAAAGCCUGACACCAAAUCUAUUCUACUGGUUGAAUCUGGACUCCGCAUUCAUUCUACAGACUUUGAAUGGCCCAAAAAUAUGAUGCCCUCUGGCUUUGCCAUGAAAUGUCGAAAGCAUCUCAAGUCAAGACGACUAACACAGGUGAAGCAGCUUGGGGUUGACAGGAUUGUUGACAUCCAGUUUGGCUCAGAUGAGGCUGCUUACCAUCUGAUAGUGGAACUCUAUGACAGGGGUAACAUUAUCCUGGCGGACCACGAGUACACCAUUCUGAACCUGCUGCGCUUCCGCACAGCAGAGGGAGAGGAAGAUGUGAAGAUAGCGGUGAGGGAGAGGUACCCUGUGGAGAACGCCAGGCCCCCAGAGCCCCUCAUCAGCAUGGAGAGACUCACUGAAGUCCUGUUGAAGGCCACGAAUGGAGAACAGGUGAAAAGGGUCCUCAAUCCCCACCUUCCAUAUGGGGCUACUCUCAUAGAGCACUGUCUGAUGGAAGUGGGACUCCCCGGGUUCAUCAAAGUGGACAGCCAGUUUGAUGCUGCACGAGAUGCACCCAAAAUCCUCGAUGCCCUGCAAAUGGCAGAAGAUUAUAUGGAGAAAACGGCAAGCUUCGAUGGAAAGGGCUACAUCAUCCAAAAAUGUGAGAAGAAACCAAGUUUAGCCCCAGAGAAACCUGAAGAAUUGCUCACAUAUGAGGAAUUCCAUCCCUUCCUCUUUGCCCAACAUGCAAAUAGCCACUAUGUUGAGUUUGAUACGUUUGACAAGGCAGUGGACGAAUUCUACUCCAAGAUGGAGAGUCAGAGGAUUGACGUGAAGGCCCUGCAGCAGGAGAAACAGGCUCUGAAAAAGCUGGACAAUGUCAAGAGGGACCACGUGCAGAGGCUGGAGGCACUGCACCAACUUCAGGAGGUAGACAGGCUUAGGGGCGAGCUGGUGGAGAUGAACUUGCCCAUAGUGGAGAGGGCUCUGCAGGUGGUGCGGAGCGCCCUGGCCAACCAGGUGGACUGGGCCGAGAUAGGGCUGAUCGUCAAGGAGGCCCAGGCUGCCGGAGACCCAGUGGCCUGCGCCAUCAAGGAGCUGAAGCUGCAGACCAACCACAUCACAAUGCUUUUAAAGAACCCAUACAUUGUCCCAGAGGAAGUAGAGGAGGAAGAUGUAGCCGAGGUGGCUGAAGAGAAAAAGGGGAAGAAGAACAAGAACAAAGACAAGGGUCAGAAGGGCAAGCCCAAGAAGGACCAGCCCAUGCUGGUGGAUGUGGACCUCAGCUUGUCAGCUUACGCCAAUGCCAAAAAAUACUACGACCACAAGCGAACCGCUGCUAAGAAAGAGCAGAAAACCGUGGAGGCAGCCCAGAAGGCUUUCAAAUCUGCUGAGAAGAAGACCAAGCAAACCCUUAAAGAGGUCCAAACGGUUACGACCAUUCAGAAGGCCAGGAAAGUCUACUGGUUUGAGAAGUUCCUGUGGUUCAUCAGCUCAGAAAAUUACCUCAUCAUCGCCGGACGUGACCAGCAACAGAAUGAAAUUAUCGUUAAGCGCUACUUGAGGGCUGGGGAUAUCUACGUUCACGCUGACCUCCAUGGAGCUACUAGUUGUGUCAUCAAGAACCCAUCUGGUGUGCCCAUUCCUCCACGCACCUUGACCGAGGCGGGCACCAUGGCCGUGUGCUACAGUGCAGCCUGGGACGCCAAGGUCAUCACCAGCGCAUGGUGGGUGCACCACCACCAGGUGACUAAGUCGGCCCCCACUGGAGAAUACCUGACCACUGGAAGUUUCAUGAUCCGAGGAAAGAAGAACUUUAUGCCGCCCUCUUAUUUAAUGAUGGGUUUCAGCUUUCUCUUCAAGGUAGAUGAGCAGUGUGUAUUCAGACACCGGGGUGAGAGGAAGGUCAAGACCAUUGACGAGGACAUUUCGGAUGUGACGUCCAGCACAGCAGAGCUACUAGAGGAUGGGGAGGAGCUUAUAGGGGAUGACAGUAGCAACGAGGGAGAGGGGGAAGACGGAGGAGGAGAUGGAAAGAAGAAUGGAGUGGAGGUAAAAGUAGAGAAAGCCACCGAAGGGGCAGAGGCUGAACAUAAGGAGGAUGGAGAUGCUAAAGAACUGGAUGACAUGAAGGAGGAAGCAGAGGAGGAUGAGGUGGAGGGGCUCAAGGUGAAGAGUGAUGGGGAGAGUGCAGAGUUCAGUUUUCCAGACACCACCAUCUCCCUGUCCCACUUGCAGUCCACCAGGGAAACCCAAAGUGCUGGUUUCAAAAAGGUGUCCAUUCAGGUUGAUGUGGAGGCGCAAAAAGAGGGGGGGAAACACAUUACAGCCAAGCAAAGAAGGGAGGAGAAGAAGGGGAAACAGGAUCUUUCUGAAACUCAGGAAGAAGAGGGAAAGAUCGAGGAGACGCAUGGUGCCUCCGCAGCCAAUCAGAAAACCAAGAGCGAAGGAGGGGGAGGAGCCUCUCAGCAACCUCUUAAGAGACAUCAAAAGAACAAGCUGAAGAAAAUAAAAGAGAAGUACAAAGACCAAGACGAAGAGGAUCGGGAGCUGAUGAUGAAAUUGUUGGGGUCUGCUGGCUCCACUAAGGAAGAGAAGCCUAAGAAGGGCAAGAAGGGGAAGGGCAAAGACGAGGUGUUGAGAAAAGCACCUCAGAAGCAAGCCCAGAGACCUCGUCCUCAGGAGGUCAUCUUAAAGAAACCAGAAGGGGAAGCGGAGGGUCUGGCUGGGGAGGAGGGAGCAGCACCUGAACAGGAUGACAAGGAAGGAGAUGAACAGGACCAAGACAACCCUGGAGCAGAGGAAGCAGAGAAACUGCUGAAUUCUCUGACGGGCCAACCCCACCCAGAGGAUGUGUUGCUGUUCGCUGUGCCAGUCUGUGCCCCCUACACUGCCCUCUCCAACUACAAGCACAAGGUGAAGUUGACACCAGGGACCCAGAAGAAAGGAAAAGCUGCCCGCACUGCAGUAUUCAGCUUCAUGAAGGCCAGGGAGGCUUCGACCAGAGAGAAGGACCUGUUUCGCAGUGUCAAGGAUACAGAUUUAUCAAGAAACAUCCCAGGCAAAGUUAAAGUAUCAGCACCUAACCUAAUGGCAGCCAAGAAGAAAUAGACCUAUACAAUUUAGUCGACAUGGGCUUUCUUCACAAAACAAUGAGUUAACCCCACCCUUAAUAGGACUUGGAUGACAGGAAAAGCUUGUGCACCGACGCAUUCAUUUUCCUGGAUCUUUACUUUCUUCGAUAUGAUGGAGGGGGAAAGCAAUGCAAAAUGUCAGAACAAAAUCGGACAUUUAUUUUUUCUUGAUUCAAAAUUAAGGUUUUUAUAAUGAAACUUGUGCAAAUAAUACAAAAUGAGUAACUUUUUGUGGUAACUUCAGUGCAACUGGUAUUAUUACCUGAUUAAAAACAGACAAAAUACUA